UUUUAUUAAAUGUAAAUCGUGAUGUUAUUAGAUUUAUGUUACAGUGUCUGAAAAACUUUGAAAUGUUACCUGUUCUUAUGUAUAAUAUGGAAGGAUCUUCUAAUUUGAACAGCGGUGGUAACAACUUUUGUAGUGUUUACGAUGAGAAUAUUAUUCUAAAUAGUGUUAGAAAUCGGAAAAAGGUAUCGGAACAAGCAAAUUGCCCUGUAUGUAGUUGUACAAUAAGAAAUGGAGAAUUGGAGUCACAUCUUGCUCUAGAAGUAGAAAGAUUACAAAAACUAUCGAGUGGUGGAUCUAAACGGAAACUUAGUUCUAACAGUCCUACUAAUUCGAAUCUAGCAGUUGCUAGUUCAAGUAAUACUGAAGUUCAAAAUGAAGAUAUUGAUGUAACUGGUUGUUUGGGAAGUGAUGUUUAUCAAAGGGUACAUACAAAUCGUUUAAGAAGACUACGUGCUAGACGUCGCUCGACACCACCUCCACAAACUGGAGAGUGUCCUGUCUGUAAUGCCGUGUUACCUGUGUCCAGACUGCAACGACAUGCAUUACGAUGUCUCAAGAGAACUGGUGCUGAAAUGGAUGAUGAUGUACCAGAUACCAGUUCAGAAGAAGGCAGUAUUGAUGUUGAGAACGAUGAGCCAACAGGGGGCUUCGGGGCUGAGUACCAGUGGUGCGGCGAGUGGCGGGUUAGGGCUGCAGCACUGCAGGCCGCCGAGGGCAGAGUCGCCACUGCUGUGCGAAGAGUCUCCAAUGAUCAAGCAUUGGUAGUAGACGGUGAUGAAGAUACAGAGUUGUAUGGACCACCGCAGUAUUCACCAUCCAGGAUAGCACCAGAUGCAGAUAUACCUUUAGUUAGAGACGAACAGACAGAAGAAAGUACUAUAGAUAAUCAAGAUGAACCUAUCAAGAGAUAUGAAACAUCAAAAUCUAAUGGUAUUGUUGAAGCAAGUGCAGAAACAAGAAUACAAGCUUUAAAAGCUAAAAUAAAAGAUUUAGAAAGCAGACAGAAUUCAGCUUCCGAGGCAAAAUGUCUAAUAUGUUUGGGUCCACAUAUAUCUCCGGCUGUGUCCAUACAAUGUUGGCAUGUUCAUUGCGAGGUAUGUUGGUUGCAAUCGUUAAAAGCAAAGAAAAUAUGUCCACAAUGUAACGCAAUCACAAGUACACAACAUUUGAGAAGGAUUUAUAUGUAAAUUUAAAAAUAUAGAAAAUCUUUGAUUCAUAUAAAAGGAAUAUAUGAUACUUUAACACAAACCCUAAAUAAGGCAAAAAAAGCACCAUAUGCCGUCAUAAGGCAAAGUAAACAUUGCCUCCAUAUGGAAAAGGAAACACCAUAUGCCUCCAUAUGGCAAAGAAAACAACAAAUGCCUUCAUAUAGGAAAGGAAACACCA